CGAUUGGGUAAUGGGCGAAGGGGUUUUUUUCAGUGGCUAGAGCGACUCCGUUGUUCUCGAGCCGAACUCGGGCCAUCAUCACUGGGUGAAAACGGGGUGGUGGGGGGGUUAAAGCUCAGCUUUCCGUUCCUCCUAUUGGCUGAAGUGGCUACCCAGCCAGAGGCCUUUCUCAUUGGCUGAAGAGCAACAGCUCCCCUUGCCCCAUUGGUUCACUCGCUCUUAGUUCUUCGCUCUGGUGGGCGGGGCUUACGUCCUCGGUGCUUUGCGGCGGCUGAGGGCCUGAGGAUCUGAAGGAAAAAAAAAACAUGAAUUGCUCUGUUUGUGCUUCCUGACAAGAUAGGUGCUGAGAAAGAAGGAUCUGCGGUGAUCUGCGGUCAUAUUAGCAGGAAUUUUAAGAACAUCUGUUGCCUUUGGAACUGGAGGUUUGCAGUCUCCAACCAGAUACUUUCCAUUUCCUUCCUUGAUGCAAAGCAGCACUUGAGUUGCUCCUUCCACCCUCACUUGUUUGUGCGACUGUAGUUUCUUUGCUGUGUAACUGCAUACUAAGUAAAGGAAAAAACUAUUAUGUCUAAGAAGCAAAACCAAAAAGAUUCAUCAGGGUUUAUUUUUGAUGUGCAGUCCAAUACUGUGAUGGCCCAAGGAGGUACCUUUGAAAACAUGAAAGAAAAGAUCAGUGCCGUGCGAGCGAUAGUCCCCAAUCGCAGCAACAAUGAAAUUAUCCUAGUGUUGCAGCACUUUGAUAACUGUGUAGAUCGAACAGUGCAGGCUUUCAUGGAAGGCAGUGCCAGUGCAGUACUGAAAGAAUGGACAGUUACAGGCAAGAAAAAGAACAAAAAGAAGAAAACCAAACCAAAGCCUCCUGCAGAAUCAAGUGCCAGCCUUCUGGACCCCAGCAAGCCUGUGUCCACUGAAGAGGAGCAGUCUGCAGCAUCAUCAGAAAAGGGCGGGAUCAAUGGUUACCAUGUCAAUGGCACAACCAAUGACACAGAAUCCGUGGACUCGCUCAGUGAAGGUUUGGAUACUCUUUCCAUAGAUGCCAGAGAGCUCGAGGAGAGUGAACCUGCCACUCCUGAGGUGCCCGACAGAGCAGCAACACUUGAGUUAGAAAGCCGCCUGGCAGACUUCAGUCCAAAGUCUGCCCAGAAUGCCCAGUCUUUCAGAGCACACCCUGAACUGAGGAGCCCCAGCAAGCCAUUCGCCAGACCUGCACCGAGCACCCAGUCAGCUGUUCCUUCAUCUCUAGCAAUGCUAGAUGAGGUCCCUGUGUCCUCUGGAAACAAAAAGCUAGGUUCCAAUAUUGAAAAGUCCGUGAAAGACCUCCAACGAUGCACUGUCUCGCUGGCUCGGUAUCGAGUUGUAGUUAAAGAAGAAAUGGAUGCCUCCAUCAAGAAGAUGAAACAGGCCUUUGCUGAGCUGCAGAGCUGCCUCAUGGAUCGUGAAGUAGCCCUUUUAGGUGAAAUGGACAAAGUGAAAGCAGAAGCAAUGGAGAUCUUAAGCAGCCGACAAAAGAAGGCAGAGGCGCUGAAGAAGCUGACUGACGUGGCAGUCCGAAUGUCAGAGGAGCAGUUGGUAGAGCUUAGAGCUGACAUCAAGCACUUUGUCAGUGAGCGCAAGUAUGAUGAAGAUCUUGGGAGAGUUGCUCGCUUCACUUGUGACCUAGAUGGGCUAAAAAAGACUAUUGACACCUUUGGACACGUUUCCCAUCCAAAAAACAGUUACUCAACCAGGUCGCGGUGCAGCUCUGUCACGUCCGUAUCUGUGAGCAGCCCAAAUGAAUCCACCACCACAGAGAGUGCCUCUGCUUCUGCUUCAAGCCUUACAACAGCCAAUAAGAAACAGUCAGCCCCGACAGAAACGCCUGGCAAUGUGGCAAACCGCCCAUACCAGCCCUACCGUGAGGGGUUCCAGGGUAACAGGAGACCUGGACAAGGCUACAGGCCCCAAGGACAACGGCAAAAUGGGGCCCUGCACCCCAAUUCAAAUCGGUACAGAAAUGGGCCUUGGUACCAGUCAGGUUCCAGGUCCAGGCCUCCUCCUGGGAACACGAACAACCUCAGCCAGACUUACCCCAUGGGAACCAAUGGAACUGGUACUGGUCCUGGCCCUGAGGCAGGUCCGCCAGCCCCAACUGCACAAGCGCAUUUGGGCACACUCAACAAAGAAGCCAAGGCUCUCCCACAGCGGAAACCUCGGUCAAGCCAAUAUGAGGUUCCCAGUUCUUGAGGACCAUGAACUCUCUUUUCACCUUCCGAAACUGGAUGACAGGAUUGUAGGACACCUAGCUAGAGUUAUUAACAAAGGAAAGUUUACACUUGCUGUCCCUGUGCCACUUCUUUCCCCUGAUCAUUCCUUUUUCUGGAGAAAGCAGUUUCCUUUUGCUUCUCCUGUUCCUGCUUCCUGCCAUGUGACCUGGGUCAGGCUGUAGUGGAAAAGUGCACACUCAUGCUGUCAGGCCUGGCCUGGGCGAACCUCACUGCUGCCACCUCCUCCUUUACGCUCUGUGGCUCCUCUUUAUUCUGAUGCCGUCCUUAAACAUCGGCAGAGUCCCAGCCUAAUAGCAAAAGAAUGAGAGAGGGAUGUCUUCCAAGAGCCCUAGUCUUAAAGCCUCUGGAACAUCCCCCCUACACAUACACCUCAGUGCUGCUAGCCAGGCCUUACUCCUAACAGCAAAGUUAUUCAUGCUGGCAAUGAAACAAAUUGCUGUGAAUUGUGAGCCCAGAGUGAGGAAUCUAAAUGGGAGGAACCAUAAGAGAGACUGCUGGGAUGGUUUUUCUAUCUACAUAUUACCUAAAUACUGCGCUUGGGGAAUCUGGGCUUUGUAUGCUUCUUCCACAAGAAAACAGGAGAGACUCAAUCCUCCAGAGAGAAGCAGCAUUCUGUCUGUACGUCAUGUAUAAAUUUAGAUGUUCCCUACUUUCAAUGUUUGGCGACAGAUGGGAAGUUUCGUUCGUUCACCUCCUAGCCACGAUCCCAACAUCUGAUCCUAAACUAAAUUUCUAGCGGUUUAAUUAGCAGUGCUAAUCCUAGGUGAUCUCAAGCAAAAACAAAUACUGCUGCAGUCUUUCUCUAUCCUUGUAUAAAUAAAAAUGACGUACAUGUUAAAA